ACAACUACUCUCCCGUUUCCCGCCUCUUCCAGUUUCUCUCACAUUUGUGUUAUUUUGUGACUGACGCUCUGAGACUGAGAUUGUGUUUCUCUAGCAAGUCCGGGGUCGGGGAACGUAGCUAUUCUGUGGAAUGGUCACGGCUUGUAUCGAUAGGUGCUCCCAGGUUGUAUUGCAGAUUUUGGUCAUUUCUUUGUAUUUAGACUUGUGGGCACUGGAUUUGCACCAUGGAUAAUGAUGGUGGUCGAAAAUUGCAAGAUGACUGCAAGUGCCAGAGCUUUGGCAAUAAUCACCAUCCAUGCAGUCAACCUAGGAAGAUAUCCAUAGGAGUUGUGGUAGAUUCUGUUGCAAAAUGCAAAAGCAUGAGUGGAAAUGCAGAUCGCAAGGGCUACUGUAUUGAUGACAGAAACAGCAGAGAUAUAGCAACUAAUCUUGCUAAAGGAAAUCAGGGAGAGCCUUCACUGCAUGAUAAAUCUGCUUGGAUUUCUACUAGAUCCAGAUCCAUUCAUCAUGUGGAACAACCUUCAAAUUUGCCGGCCAUUCAUGAAAUUUGCAACAUAUCAGCUGGAACAAAGAUAACACCAGGGGCAUCUUCAGUUCAAUUUUUAGAUGAUCAGAACUCGAAAUUCCUUUCUAACAAAGCCAAGGAGAAGGGAGGGAAUGACUCUGCUGCAGAGAGUGCGGGCAAGUUUUUGUUUGCAGUGGCACAGGAAGACAUGCAAAUGAAAGCAUCUACUGGGGAUAAAACUGAGAGAGCAGAUAUAAAGGGCAGUGAGUCUUUGAGAAUGCGGCUACGGGAGAUCUUAGAAACUGUGUCUUCACCUAAGAAGCUCCGGUCAAAUUCUGAAGUUCUUGAUAUUGAUGCAGAAGGUUCUCAUACAGAAAGAGUAGUUGCUGAAAAUCAUAUUCUCAAGGCUAGUUUGGAUACAAUAGAAAAUGAUUCACAAAGUCAUAAUCCUAUGGUUAGCAGGCCAUUUACUCGUAAGAGAGCCCCAUCUAAAUUGCAAAGGGGGAAGUCUAAUAAAAUAGUGGCCCCUUGUGCUCAGGAGAAAAGAUUAGAAAAGGAAAUCUUCUAUUUUGGAGAAGGACGGGCUAAGAGAUCAUUUGAUGCUGCCACUGGUGGUUCUUUAACGAAACAUGAAAUCUUAACGAAGAGAAAAAGUUCAGAGAUAGAAGCCCAUGAAAUCUCAGUUGAUCUGGAUGCUGACAAAAAUCAAGAGCAGAAUCCCAAAUGCAACAAAGUUUCAUCUGUGGAGAGAUCUACUGGUAAUACCCAAUCCCAUGGGACGUCAACGAGUGUUUCUUUGGAGCUGAGAGUUGAUACUUCAGAAAAAGAUUUAUACAAGUCACCAGUUGUAGAAAAAACUGAGCAGCUAAGAGACAAUAGUCUGAAAUUGCGAGAAAAUCUCUAUCAUUCAGAAGACUUAGCAAACUCAUCCUUAAAGGAGAACUUUGACCCAAAAUGUGAUGUCCAACAUCCCACUUUUCCAACGAAAACACCUUUAGAAAGACAUUUCCUUGGAUCUCUACAAAGAAGUAAAAAGGAGGAAUUGGAUGAACAUAGCCAUACAGAGAUAAUUUUUAACCCAAAGGGCAUUCAAAAGUUUAAGAAUUUGCAGAGGUUGAGACAAGAAAACAAGUCAAAUGAACAGGAUGCCUCAUCUGAUGAUGCAGCUGUAUCGGAAUAUCCCCCUCCUUUGAAACAAAAAUCUCUUAUUGGAGAAGACAAUCAUGUGAAGCUUUCUCAGUCACCAUCUGAUGAUAGGUAUUCUGAGAGCUCAGAAGAUGGGGUUCAUGUUAAAGGUUGCAGGAAAUCACCCUCAUUAUCUCCUGAAAUUGGUACUGCAGAGAAACCAAAUUUUGCAUUUAAACCAGGCAAAGUUGUGUUCAAUGAAAAAGGUAGCACUAAAUUUCGUGGGUCAAUUCUCAACCAAGGCACUCCAAAAGAACUUGAAGAUAGUGGGUCUCUUUUGAGACAGUCAGAACAGAGUGAAGAAGAUGGGUUUGAUAGAGCUGUUGCUUUAUUUGGUUUUGCAUUACAAAGAGUUAAAACCAAAAUGAAGUCUAUGGCUGACAAAAGAUCUGCUGAAAUUCUAAAGUCUGCCGCUGAGGGAAUACACAGGGAAUUGCAGACUGCAGAAAUUCAGAUUCUAGCUGAUCUAAGGACAGUGACCAGCAAGAGUAAAGCUAAUCAAAAGCAUCUAGAAGCGAUAUUGCAAGAGCAACAACAGCAGUUGGAUGCCAUCUAUGUAAGAUUCAAAGAACAGGUCAAUCAACAUCUCCAGGAUUGCAGAAUCACACUCGAACAUCUAGAAGAACAUGAGAGUGAGCUUAAAGCAACAGUGGAAAAGCAAAAAGUAUCAAAGAGAAAAUUACUCUUGCAACUGGAAGAAGAAGUUGAGACUCGGCUUGUUGAUGCCCACAGAAGUAUUACUGCUGUCCACCAUUUGACCAGGGACAAGAUGCAUCAACUGAAACUUGUAGUAGCUGAAUGUUUGAAACUCAGUUGAUGAGAUUUUAACUGAUUAAUGGAUUGUAAAACGUCCCAAGUCCAGACAACAUAGUAACC